UGCGAGGAAAGCUGGUUAGUUAGCUAAGAUGGCGGUGGCAGUGGGGUCUUUGCAAGCCCAGCUUGAGAAAGCUAAAGAGAGUUUGAAAAAUGUUGACGAUAAUAUUCGUAAAUUAACUGGCCGGGAUCCUAAUGAAUUGAGACCUGGCCAAGCUAGAAGGCCAACCAUCCCAGGCGUUGGAGGAGGUAGGGGGCGAGGAAUCAACUUGUUAAGACGUGGACUCUCCGACAUCGGCGGUGGACCUGGAGGACCCCCAGCUAAACAGAGGGAUAUUGAAGGGGCCCUCCUGAGGCUGGCCGGUGACCAGCGAGCGAGGAGAGAUUCACGCCAUGACAGUGACGCUGAGGAUGAUGACGAUGUCAAAAAGCCAGCGUUGCAGUCAUCAGUAGUAGCUACCUCCAAGGAACGUACGCGUCGAGACCUGAUUCAGGAUCAGACCAUGGAUGAGAGGGGAAAACAAAGGAAUCGACGCAUGUUUGGCCUGUUGAUGGGAACAUUACAGAAAUUUAAGCAGGAAUCUAAUGUGGCAACAGAUCGGCAAAAGAAACGCAUUGAGAUUGAACAAAAAUUGGAAGUUCAAGCAGAACAAGAACGCAAGAAAGUAGAGGGCGAAAGACGAGAGCUCUUUGAUGAGAGGCGUGCCAAGCAGACAGAGCUGAGACUGUUGGAACAGAAAGUGGAGCUUGCUUACUUGCAAGAGGAGUGGAAUGUGCACAAUACAAAAAUGGUCAAGUACAUCCGCUCAAAGACCAAGCCACCCAUCUUCUAUCUGCCUGGGAGGAUGUGCUCAGCCACUCAGAAGCUCUUGGACGAGUCGCAGAAAAAAAUGAAUAUUAUGUUUGAGGAGAGACGCGAGGCAUUUGCCGAGUAUCUGAAUAAGAUGGAGGCUCGCCCUCGACGCCAGUCUCAGAGGGACAACGCUCUGGUUAAGGACCUGAAGAAAGAAGAUCAAGAGGAGGGUAAGCCCACGGGUCAGGUAGUCAAAGUGACAGGUAACCGGUUUGAUGUGGAGAUGGAGGAUGAGGCAACACUAGAGAAGGAAGAGGGGGAUGAGGGUGUAAUGCGUAAGGAGGACAGAAAGAAAAAGCCAGGAGAGAAAGUCAGGGAGCAGGAGCCUAAGAAGGGGGAGAAUAAGGCAGACAAGAGGGAGGAGAGUGAGGAAAAUGGUCAAGACACUAGAAUAGUAGAGUUCAGAGAGGUGGAAGAGCAGAUGGAGGUUACUGCAGUGGUGAGGGAGGCUGAGUGGCAGGUCGGGGAUCAGGGUAAGAAGAUGGAGGAUAGUCCAGUGAUGGCUGGGGGAGAGGUAGGUAAUGAGAAGAAAGUAGAAGAACCGCAGCAACAGGUUAAGGUAGAAAAGGAAAAGAAGCGCCUUCAGAAUCAGGACCCCACAGCUGUGUCAGACGACCAGGAGAAAAGCGUCGAAAUGCAACCAACUGAAGAUGAGCCACAUACAGAAGUGUCCAUACCCCUGCACUCAGAGCCCAACCCUAGUGUGGAAGUCUCUGAUGGAGGAUCUAUAGCCCCUGAGGUUCAGAUCCCCCUGCUGGAGGCUGGAACAGAUCCUGAGCCUCUCACAACAGAGCAGAGCCAAGAGGCUGAUCAAGGCGCCAUGAAGCAGACUACUGAUCUCCAGGCUGCCCAGGAUGAUGCUGCCCCCAAGGUGCUGGAGCCUCUGUGCGAGGAAAGAAGCAGGGGAUGUGAAAAGGCAAAGGACAAUAAGGGAGAUGGUGGUGGUGGCGGCAGGAACAGCAGUAGCUCCUCUAGCAGCUCCUCUGGCUCCUCGUCCAGCGGGAGCUCCGGCUCCUCUACUGGCUCCUCCAGCAGGAGCAGCUCCUCCAGCGGCAGCUCCUCUUCCAGCUCGUCUAGCAGGAGUCGCAGCCGGGGGAGGAAGGACAAGAAGCAUAGGAGGAAGCCGUCCGAGAGGGAGAGGAAGAAGGGAGGAGGUGAGAAGAGCCAUAAGUCAUCCAAGUGCAGUGGUCGUGAAUCCAAAGGUUCCAAAGACAAGGGCUCUAAGUCUGACAGGAAGAGGACCACCUCUGAGGGCUGCCGGUCAGGGAAGAGGUCCUCUCGCGGUGACAGGGAUCGCAAGUCUGAUAGGAAGGAAAAAAGACGUUAAAAAAGUUGGUUCUGCUGUCAUGUCAUGCUUAGUUCUGUUUCUCCUUUUGAUAAAUACAUUUUCAUAACUGAAAUGUUGUGGAUUUCCUUAAAUGGAAUUCCGCAGGAUAGGGAAAUUAAACUGCCUUAGUGUAUUUCUUGGAACAAUGUGGGUUUUUAAUAAUCAAAGGAUUCUUUCUCUAGUCCCCAGUCAUUUUUGACAGUCCUGCCGCGCCGGUUUCUGGACUUAUUUUACCUCGAUUUGUUGUAUUAGAUUUUUAUAUUGUCUGCGUUUUGGAUUUUAAUUGUUCCUAAAACAUAGGAGCAAUGCGAAGAGGGUGUGUUGCAUACUGGUGUGUUCUCUGAAUCUAGUGUUGAGGUAUAAGGUAGUAGUGUAAUGAAGAAGACUUGUAACAUACAGCUUUUUUAUUCAUCCAAAGCCUGUCUAACUGUGCACAAUGUCUAGCUCUGCAUUACGCAGUAUACAGUCCUUAGCUGGUUUUGGAAAGUAAUGAUUACUUUUUGAUUUAUUUUUUUGUUCAAAUGAAAUCUAAGCAUCUUCAAUAAAAUAAAUCAGGAGGUGA